AUGGUGUGGGUGAUGGAGCUCGGCGCCGCCGUCAGCCAGCUGGCGCGCAGCGCGGACCCCGCCGCGUGCACGCGGGCGGCCGGGCAUCUGCUCAACACGGUCGAGCAGAUCGGGCCGCGCGAGGUCCCCUCCUUCGAAAUCUCGAUCCUUUCCCCGACCGGCGACACCGAGCUCGUGCAGCUCAAGGUGCUGGUGCCCGCUGGGACGUGCCUGUACGUAAAGUACAAGGGGCAGUACGCGCCCGUCCCCUCCCUGCGCAACGCGCUCGACCUGGAGGUCGCGCCGCCGGCGCUGCCAAGCCCCCACACCCCGCCAGUCGUCCUGGCCGCCGCGCGCGAGGGCAGGCGCUGCACGCUGGGCCAGCUGAUCUUCGGCGGGGAGAAGUCGGACUCGACCGCCAGGCGGCUCGCCAAUUGCUACGUCAUCCUGCGCCGCCUCGAGCAGGCCGGCGUCAACGGGCCGCCGCAGGCGCUGCUCAACGCGCUGGCGGAGUGCAGCUCUGAGGCGCGCGCGCAUCCGUUUGUCAUGCCCGCCGUCGUGCGCGCGCUCGCCGUCGCGGUGGACGGCGACUGCGCCGGCGACGCCGCCGGCCAGGCGGUCGCCGAGGCGGCAGCGGCGGCGGCGCUGUCGGGCGGCACGAUCAGCGGAGCCAGCCUCGCGACGGAGCACCGCAUCAGCAGCAGGCUCGUGCAAGCGGCCGUCGCCGCCUUUGAUCAGGCGGCGGCAGCAAACGGCGUCUGA